CUCUCUUAGAUAACAUGAUGCAACAGUUACGUGUCUUGCUCCUCUUCUUCUUCCUCCUCCUCCCCCUCCUCCACGCCACACGCACGAGCACACACAAAGCAGUUGAAGAGGACUCGUUUAGGAGACGGAUCAAUUUACUGCACAAGAUAGUUGACGCUUCAGACGGAAGAUGAAGCUACAGGUCGAGGUUCCUUUAGAGACACAAGAUGACGAGAGCAGCGGCAAAGACACAAGCAGCGGCAAAGGCGAUGCUUCAGACCAAUUGUGUGUGCGUGAGAGGCGAGGCUCCGUCAGGCAGGAAGGACGGGAGGGUACUGAAGAUGCCGGGCCUGCGGAUGGUGAAGUGCAGGAGGAGCAGAAGGCGGGAGGAGAAGAAGGCAGCGUGAAGAUGGAGCCACCUGACGGAGGGUGGGGCUGGGUGGUCGCCUUCGCCAGCCUCCUUAUCAUGACCCUUAUCCCCGUCAUGAGUUACUGCUUCGGCGUGCUCUUCUCCCGCUACCUCCUCCUCUCCGGCACCUCCUCCACCACCACCGCCUGGAUCUUCAACACCCAGAACUUCCUCUUCAACACCAUCGGCCUCUUCGUGCGGCCUCUCUCGCAGGAGUUCGGCUGGCGGAAGGUCGCGAUCACCGGCACCUUCCUCGCCUCCCUGGGCUUCGGCAUCACGGCUUUCGCGCCUUCGCCGGAGUUUUUCUUCUUCUCCUUCUCCAUUCUCGGCGGGGUCGGCGGCGGCAUCAUCACCCCCCUGUGCUACGUCGUGGUGCCGAGCUACUUUACGAGGCGGCGGGGCGUGGCCAACGCCAUCAUGGGUUUCGGCUCGGGCCUCGGGCAGAUCGCUGUGCCGCCCUUCCUCAGGGUACUCCAAGAGACCUUCGCAGACCGCGGCGCCACCCUCAUCUUCAGCGGCCUCAUGUUCCACUCCUGCCUCGCCGCCACCACCUUCCACCCCGUAGAGAGGCACAUGAAGCCAUCCCGGGCGAAGGCCACGACGGAGAGCGACCAGGACACGAAGCCUCCGCCAAAGCCACAAACCACGACCUCGACCUCGUCCCCCAAACCGUCGAUCUUCGUGCGGGUUGCCAAGUCAACGAUGUCAGACCUGAGCAUCCUUCGGUCCCGGCGCGCGGUCAUCAUCACCGUGGCCUGGGCCCUGGCGAUCAGCAGCACCCUAAACUUCUUGAUGAUGGUGCCGUUCGCCUUGCAGGACGCUGGCUUCUCCCUUGACUUCUCAGCGUGGUGCCUCUCCAGUCUAGGCGUGUCCAGUCUCGUCGUCCGCACCCUUGCCUCCGCCCUCACCGACCUGCCGUUCUUCAAAGUCAAGGUAUUCUUCGUCGCCGGGCUCGUCAUCAUGGCCACCUCUACUGCCGUGUUCCCGCUGGUGGGGUCGCAAGGGUGGCUGCUCGCCGUCAGCUUGGGCUACGGGGCAGGCCUGGGCACCAUCGCGGGCCUCAACACCCUGGUAAUGAUCGACGUGAUGGGCAUCGACCGUCUGGCGCCGCUCUUUGGCACAACCUCCCUCAUAAGUGCAAUUACCGUCCUCUCCUUGGGCACUGUUAUAGGUAUAAUCAGGGACGCCUCAGGAAGCUACCCCAUCAGCCUCUGGUUCGCGGCUGGGAUGUUAGGAUGCAGCGUCCUCCUUUGGGCGUUGAUGGGACGGGCGACGAGAUGGGACAAGGAGCGAAUGGAGGAAGGGCGCCCAAACCUGUGA